AAUAGUUCACAUUUAAUAGUAACUAACAAGGUUUAAUACUGAUUAAGCCAUUUUUCAAUAAAAACAAACAUAAUUGUUUUUAAAUAAAAUAAAAACCACCGCCGCCACCAAUUUUCGGUUCUCGGACCGACUCACCGGUACGAAGCCGGUUCUCGGACCGAGUCACCCGGUAUGAAAGCGACGUUCGCCUGAAGAAGCCCCGUACGAAGGCAUUUUUGGCGCGCUAGGUCUGGUACGAAGCCGGUUUUCGUAGCGUUAGUCCCGGUACGAAGGCAAUUUUUGGCCUGCUCCGAAAAUGGCCUUUGUACCGGGACUGGCGCUACGAAAAUCAACUUCGUACCAUGCUUCGCCUACCGGAAAUAAUUUUCGGGAAGGUGGGGAGACAAAGAGUGGAAGGUGGGGAGAUGGAAGAACAUAUCUCUGUUGCCGACGACCCCAAACUCAGAAUUCGGCGAGCUUCUCCACCUUGCUUCCUCAAGCACCGCUCCUGGUUGCCGACAGGCGACAGUGAUGGGGAGACAGAGAGUGGAAGGUGGGGACUGGGGAGGGCAGGAGGAUGGUGUGGGCCGGCGAGGGUUGCCGUCGGCGAGAGUGGGAGGGGAGUGAGUAGAUUGGAGAUGGAAGGUGGGAGGGCAGAGGAUGGAGUGGCUGGCGGCGGUAGUCACAAGGGGAAUGGUUUUUGCGGCGGUGGUCACAAGGCUGAAGGGGAAGGGUUUUUUCAAUUUUGAACCAAGGGUAAAUUUGUCUUUUUCAUAUAACUGUGGGCGGCAAAUAGUAAUUUGUUGGGCGUUAAAUAGCGAUUAAGCUCUUUUAAGGUUUUUGGUCAUUAGUACUGUUUGAUGCAAAAUAAGAUUUUUAUUCACAC